AUGGAUGUAGUGAAAGCUGGGAUGGAAUUGGAGGAGCUUGGAAUUACAUUUUCUUUUUUGUUCGAGAUUCGCAUUGGCGAUGGUUCUGAUACCUUAUUUUGGAAAUGGAAAAGGGUGGUCAUUGAUCAUAUAGAGGCAGCAAACUUUAUCAAGUUGGAAGGCAUUAUUAUGGGGGAUCAUACUAUGAGUGGUGCUGAUACUUGGAGAUCCAAGUUGUCAAGUGAUGGUUCUUUCUAUGUCCACGACCUGAGAUCUGCGGGAGGUGCGGCGCAGACCACGCGCAGACUUAUAGGUUUGAAGUGCGUUUGCUUUUUUGAAGUGCGCAGACAUAAAAACGUCUGCGCGAGGUCUUCACCACACAGAUAUGGGCCAACCUCUUCUAAAAUAGCUCGACAAUUCCAUCUUCACUCCAGCAAGUUUCGCCGACCGACUGUCACCUCCGAUCUGUCGCCGCACCGCCCGUCGCCACCCUCCUCUCCGAUCGCAUCUCCGGUCGUCGCCUGCUUCACCUUCUGCACCACUUCUCGAUUGCAGCGAAUAGGAUGGGUAUAUUUAAAAAACAAAACUGGUAAUAUAUAUAAUUCCCAAACAAACACUUUUAACUUAAGAGUCGAGGAGUGGGAUGAUUUUAAGAAGGAGCAUCCGAAGGCUGCUUCGUUGAAAACAAUGCCACUGCCUUUUCCAGAUCUUUGUGCUCGUCUUUUUGACGGAAAUAGUGCCACCGGUAAUUUUAGGAGUUACUCAACCCAAUCAUCUUCACCACCACCUUCUGCUGCUUCACCUUCUGCUGCUUCACUAUCCAGUUACCCCAACAAAAGGGCUAAACCCUCAACUCCUAAAGCUCCUAGUACCUCACCGUCUGCUUCUUCACCUGAUGGAACUUCUGUUACUGCUGACGAUUUAGCAUUUGAAAUGAAAAAAGCUCUACAAAGUUUGACUAAAGGGUAUACAAUUCCUCAAUGUUUAGAGAAAUUAGAGGUGCUUCAGUUAGGCCCUACAGAUCCUUUACGCUUUGUUGCAUAUCAUAUUUUUGGAGGGACUAUGAACAUGAGAGAGAUGUGGAUGCAUUUGCCCGAUGUUCCAGAGAUAUUACGAGGAUGGCUUGAGAUGACGGGUACAAGUUUAGGAGUUUUGAAGGACGGAAAGAUUGUCCGAUGA